UCGCCAUUACCUGAUUUCCAGAACGUGAUCGAAACAAACAAGAAUCAACAACAGAGUUCAACUGAAGAAAAGCCCCUCGUCGACGACCUACAUUAAAUCAAACAAACAACAAAACCGCCUCAAAAUUCCACAGCUUUAAUUUCUUUCUUUCUUUCUUUUUUCUAUCUCUCCAUUCCACUACAUCACAAAAUCCUCCUCCUCCUCCAAUUUCCCUAGAUCCUCCAAUUGCAUUCAUUUCUAUCAUCUUCCCCUUUUCAUAGAUUUUGGCGGCAUGAAUGUUUCGUUGCGUCAAGUUCGCUGGAUUCACUCCCCUGGAAAAUAACACCCGCUGUGAUUUGAUCGAAAGAGUAAUGAGGUGCCGGAUAAGCAGAGUGGGAUGAGCGGAGUGGGGGCCGGUGGAUUCCACGUCUUCGAAUGGGCCAUCCUGAAAACAAAAUAUCGGACCUGGUGGGUUUGGUGAAGUCGUGGAUGCCAUGGAGGUCCGACCCAGCAAACGUCUCGAGGGACUUUUGGAUGCCCGACAAGAGCUGCAGAGUAUGUUAUGAGUGCGACUCUCAGUUCACGUUCAUCAACCGGCGGCAUCAUUGCCGUCGCUGUGGUCGAGUUUUCUGUUCCAAGUGUACUGCAAACUUCAUUCCUGCUCUAUCCACCGAUCCAACCAACGCUCGCGAGGAUUCUGAAAAGAUCAGAGUUUGUAAUUAUUGCUUCAAACAGUGGGGGAAGGAACCAUCUUCCCUGCAAGAUGGGGACAAAGCUACCAGCUCCGCUCUUAGUGUAUCAUCUUCUUCUACAAGCAUGGGCAGCACCAAAUCCGGCUACACUUGUCACAGUGCAAUCAGCCAUAUUGCUUCAACGCCUUGCUCAACUAGUCGUCAAUAUUAUGACCCCUAUUGUUCUGCUGCCAUCGCUGAUGAGCACGACAAUUUAAGAAAUGGAAAGACCAUAAAUCGCACUACUUCUCUCAUGACUUCAUCAUCCAGUUAUUGUGGCUAUUACAGGAGUGAUGAUGAAGAUGAUGAUUAUUAUUAUGGAAUGUAUCGCUCAGAUUCCGAAUCCAGGCAUAUCUCCCAGUCUGAUGAUUAUUAUUGUGCUGUAAACAUUGAUGGAGGUUUGAAUCUUGAGAGAGAGAACACAAGCACAAAGGGUUCACCUGUGAAUUUUGACACUCAGUGUCCAAGGGGUAAUGAGGAAUCUAGUGAAGACUCUGAUGAAAAUGACAAAGGCUCUGAAUGUGAUUUUCCUACUUAUGCGAUGCAAAAUAAAGAUCAUGAACCAAUGGAUUUUCAGAACAAUGGGAUUCUCUGGCUUCCCCCAGAGCCAGAAGAUGAGGAGGAUGAAAAGGCUCUUUUGUUUGAGGAUGACGAUGAUGUCUGUGCUCCAGGUGAAUGGGGACAUCUUCAUUCUUCCUUAAGCAGUGGAGAAUGCCCCAUGAAAGGAAAGUCAAGUGAGGAUUACAAGAAAACUGCAAAAAAUGUGGUAGAAGGGCAUUUUAGAGCUCUCGUCAGUCAACUUUUGGAGGCCGAGAAUCUUCCUAUAGGUGAUGCACCCAACGAAGAUGGCUGGCUAGAUAUAAUAACAUAUCUGUCCUGGGAAGCAGCUGCAGUUCUGAAGCCAGAUACGAGCAAGAGUGGAGGUAUGGAUCCUGGUGGUUAUGUUAAGGUUAAAUGCGUUGCUGGUGGAAAGCGUAGUGAGAGUAUCAUUGUUAAAGGCAUCAUCUGCAAGAAGAAUGUAGCACACCGGCGGAUGACAAGAGGAAUAUCUAAACCACGUUUUUUCGUCCUUGGGGGAGCUUUGGAGUAUCAACGUGUUACCAAUCACUUGUCAAGUUUUGAUACUUUGUUGCAGCAGGAACUUGACCAUUUGAAGAUGGCUGUUGCUAAGAUUGAUGCUCAUCAUCCUAAUGUUCUUUUGGUAGAGAAAUCAGUGUCUCGCCAUGCUCAGGAGUACCUUCUCUCAAAAAACAUCACUCUUGUUCUAAAUAUUAAAAGAUCACUUUUAGAGCGUAUUGCUUGCUGCACUGGGGCAAAUAUAAUUCCUACUGUCGAUCAUGUUGCAUCGCUAAAACUCGGUUAUUGUGAUGCAUUUCGUGUGGAGACCUUUGUUGAAGAGCAUGAUAGUGGUGAUGGCCAAGGUGGAAAGAAAUCAACGAAGACCUUGAUGUUCUUUGAGGGAUGUCCAAAGCCUCUAUGUUGUACUAUUUUGCUCAGGGGUGCCAGUGGGGAUGAACUCAAAAAAGUUAAGCACGUUGUCCAAUAUGCAACUUUCGCUGCCUAUCACCUGGCUCUAGAAACAUGUUUUCUGGCUGACGAAGGUGCUUCAGUUCCAGAGCUCCCAUUGAAUUCCCCAAUAACAGUUGCUCUUCCUCAUAAUCCAUCAAAUAUAGACAGGUCUAUCUCCGCAAUACCUGGCUUUACUUGCCCAUUGCCAGUAAAGUCUCCAGAGCCUGAACCCAUCAUGGAGAUCGGGCAAUCUGGAAAAGAUGCUGUUUCAUCUAGAGACUUGUCUAUAAUUAGUCAUAAUGUAGAAAAUUUGAACUCUUUAGAACCCACCUUAAGUUUAUUAGAGUCCAAUGCUACCUCCACUUCCUUUUCCUUUUUGAAGCAGGAUUUUUCUACUAUGCUUUCCUCCAAAUUUGAUUCUGAAGGAAAGAGAAGUCUUGACAGCAAAGAAUAUUCAAUGGGCAUGAUGACUAUCAAGGAAGAAGCAGAGGAAGAUGGCGAUCCAGUUUCAAGUUCUGGUAAACGUGAGGCUUCAAGUCGACAUGCUAACUCUAAAAUCCUAGUGAGCAGGAAUUCAUUGGAUUCAAAUACUCAAAGUCCUAAUGAUUCAACAUCUCAAGGACCUGAAAACUCCAAUACUGAUCUAGUGACCACCAAAUCUUCAAGGGAAGAUUUCCCCUUGUCGCCUUCUGACCAACAAAACAUCUUGGUGUCGUUGUCCACACGUUGUGUGUGGAAGGGAACUAUUUGCGACCGUGCUCACCUGUUACGAAUUAAAUACUAUGGGAGCUUUGACAAGCCUCUGGGUCGGUUUUUACGAGAUAAUUUGUUUGAUCAGAAUUAUCGAUGCCAUUCAUGUGGCAUGCCGUCUGAGGCACAUGUUCAUUGUUACACGCAUCCACAAGGUAGCCUUACGAUAUCUGCUAAGAAGCUCCCUGACUUUUUCUUACCUGGGGAACCUGAAGGUAAAAUUUGGAUGUGGCAUCGGUGUUUGAAGUGCCCUCGAACCAAUGGUUUCCCACCAGCCACCCGGAGAGUUAUUAUGUCUGAUGCCGCCUGGGGUUUAUCUUUCGGUAAAUUUUUGGAGUUAAGUUUUUCAAAUAAUGCAGCUGCCAGCCGUGUUGCUGGUUGUGGUCAUUUCCUUCAUAGAGAUUGUCUCCGGUUCUAUGGGUUUGGAAGAACGGUUGCUUGCUUCCACUAUGCAGCAAUCAAUGUUCAGUCCGUUCAUAUCCCACCAUCCAUGAUUGAAUUUCACCUUAACAAUCUGGAGUGGAUUAAUAAGGAAGCAAAUGAGGUACAUAACCGGGCUAAAACUCUAUUUGAUGAAGUAUGUAAAGCUCUUCCUCUGAUUUCAAAGAAUGAAUCUGGCGCAGAGCAAGAAGAUUUUGGAGUAGAUGAAUUGAACAAUUAUAUUCAAGAACUAGAGCAAAUCAUUAAUAUGGAGAAAGAAAAUUUUGAGGUGCAUUUUAAUAAAGUACUAUCUGGAGGGACAACAGUCAGCCAACCUACCGUUGAUAUUUUUGAGAUCAAUAAACUGCAUAUGCACAUUCUCUUUCUUUCAUAUAUUUGGGUUCAGCGCUUAAAUUACGUAGCCACUUUGAGAAAGAAGCAUUCCCCUGAUGGUUCGAGCAAUGACAUCUCAACACUUGAGGAAAAGGAACUUAAUUCAUUGGAAGAGUUGGUGGAAUUGACUCUGGCAUCUGGACGUGAUGAAUUCUUUGGUGGUUGUGAUAAUGAUUCUCUACCUCCAGAGUCAAAGCGUGAGGCGGGUCUUGGUAGAGAAGGUAAUUCAGGAAAUAUUAGCCGAUUGAAUGAAACUAAUCGAGAAAAGAAUAUUGACCUUGGUGGACAGGAGGAUGAUUUUUGUCUUUCUCCGGUUAAUUCUGAGCCCGUAGAUGUUGGAAUAGGCAUACGAAGGGCUAAUUCAGUUGGAGAAUAUCCAAUUAUGACCGAUUUAUCUGGUACUCUUGAUGCUGUUUGGAAAGGUGUAAUUCACCCGAAUAGUCUAAUAUUUGAGGAUAGUUUUUCUCGAACUAACUCGGCCAUUCUGGAGCCAUUGGCAGGACAAUCUGAUAUGGAAAAGUGUACUGCUAACGGAAUAGAGACAGCUCAUCUUCUUCAUUCUGCCUUAGUUUUAACAAGUGAUGAUUCUGUUGAGACAAUCACAAAUUCGACAUCAAUGCCUCCUUCAGCAUAUAAUACAAAAAUUUCGUUGUUGAAUAUUCCAAAGUCUGACAUUUCUGACUACAGUUCUGUCUUCAUUUCAUCGUAUAGGGAAUUAGAAAAGCAAAGCCAUCUUCGGCUUCUAAUGCAUGUUGGUUCCAGUGAUACCGUUGUUCCUGUCUACGAUGAGGAGCCUACUAGCAUUAUUGCAUAUUCAUUGCUUAUGCCAGAGUAUAUUGCUCAGAUGUCUGAGCCAGUUAAAGGAAUGGAAGCUUCAGAUACUGCACGCUCUUUACCCGUUAUUGGUUCUGUUAAAAUGAACUCGAUUAAAACAUGUGAUGAAGAAGGUUCAGAUGCCUACAAAACUCUUAGAUCCAAUGAAGAGACCAUUUUAUCCAUGCCUAGAACCGAAAGUCUUCAGUUUGAGGAUCUUGUUUGUAUGACUAAGGAUUUGCAUACGAGAGUUUGUUUUGUAAAUGAGACUCCUUUGGGGCCAGUGAAAUACACCAUAACGUGCUACUUUGCUAAGAGGUUUGAGGCAUUAAGAAAAAAGUGUUGCCCUUCAGAGUUAGAUUUUGUAAGGUCUCUUAGUCGUUGUAGGAGGUGGGGAGCCCAAGGUGGCAAAAGCAACGUUUUCUUUGCCAAAACUUUAGAUGAGCGAUUUAUUAUCAAACAGGUGACAAAAAUAGAGUUGGAAUCGUUCAUUCAGUUUUCAAAAGCUUAUUUUAUAUAUUUGUCUCAAGCAAUUUGCACAGGUUGCCCAACUUGCUUGGCAAAGGUUGUGGGGAUGUAUCAGGUGUCCUCAAAACAUCUGAAGGGAGGAAAAGAAUGCAAGGUUGAUGUUCUAGUCAUGGAGAAUCUUCUGUUUCGGCAUAACGUGACACGACUUUAUGACCUAAAAGGAUCUUCUCGAUCACGCUAUAACCCCGACACGAGUGGAAAAAAUAAAGUUCUUUUGGAUCAGAAUUUGAUUGAAUCUAUGCCAACUUCUCCAAUAUUUUUGGGCAGCAAGGCGAAGCGGUUGUUAGAAAGAGCUGUUUGGAAUGAUACAUCAUUUUUGGCUUCGAUUGAUGUCAUGGACUACUCACUAUUGGUUGGCUUGGAUGAGGAAAAGCAAGAGCUGGUUGUGGGGAUUAUUGAUUUUAUGAGGCAAUAUACUUGGGAUAAGCAUCUUGAAACUUGGGUGAAGAACUCAGGCAUUCUAGGUGGGCCCAAGAACGCUGCUCCUACUGUCAUUUCACCUCAUCAAUACAAGAAACGUUUCAGAAAAGCUAUGACUACAUAUUUUCUUAUGGUUCCAGAUCAAUGGCCAUCCUCAACGGUCAGCCCUAGUGAGUCCCAUCCCGAUCUCUGUGACGAGAACUCGGAACCUGAGAAUUCGUGGGACUGCAAACACUAUGUUGAACACAGCGAUUGGUGAGAAGGGAAAACAGUGCCAUUUUGUGUAGUAUUACUUGCUUGGAGAAAACAUGUUGGGUUGACCAGAGCCCCAAUGAGCCUACACAUGGAAGAAGCCAUGCUGAACAGGGAUAAUCGAUCAGUCUUUGACUUCGAUACAAAUAUCAGAUGGAACGUUUGAGCCCAUGCUUUGGCCUUGUCUAAAGGAGGGGAAUUUAGCAUUUUUCCCUAGUCAAUCAAGUACUCUAUUCCUUUUGGUAAAUCCAAGCCUGCCGCUGCGGUAGAAGCAUGAUCCAUCGCUUAACUAACUUGAGGUCCUAAAAAGAUUGUCGAGCCCUCUGCAAUCGCUUGAAUUGCCAUGGCCCGACCACACUAGACCACGACCGUAUCAGAAGAAUUGCUUUGUGAAUAGUAGUAAGAAACAAGCACGGUAAGUUAUGCCUUGGUACCGGUUUUUCUCUUGUUUGCCCUUUAGAAGACCAUCUUCCAACUUUUGGAGACUAGUUGAGAACUUUGGUGGAUAACAUUUGUCAAGCAGAAAGUUAUCUCCCUCGAAUAAUUUUUUUAAAAAAAAUGUUUUGCGGAGGGCGGUAGUGCGUCGAUUGUUCGGAGAGUAUGCCUCACCAACAACAUAGAAUGUAAAUGAUUCCCAAUCUGAUUCAUUUCAAACAAGUUGACAAAACUAAGUAACUGAAAUUGUUUUAAGGACUCAUUCUUGUAGGUGUUCUAGGAUACAAUAUAUCAUACACAAGCAAAUGUAAUUUGAAAUUUUUAUAUAAUGUAUUCUUUUGUUCUUUAA